AUGAAAAUCGGUAUCCUCUCCCGGGGACCUCAAAACCACUCUACGCGCAGCCUCACCGAAGCUGCUCUCAAUGCAGGACAUGCCGCUGAAAUUUUAGACCCUUUCGGUUUUUACCUCUAUGUCGGUGGCACCCGGAACCGCAUCACAUAUCACGGAAAACCAGUAGGGGAUUUUGAUGUUAUAAUGCCACGGCUCAGUCGCACAACAGUGCAAUACGGCGAAGAGGUCGUAGCACACUUUGAAUGGAUCGGCACCCCUGUAAUCAAUCGCGCAAAACCGAUCGCUGCAGCACGGCACAAAUUCCACUCCCUACGUAUCCUCGCACAGCACGACUUACCCAUCCCACCGAGUCUCACUGUCGGUUCCGCUGCAUUUUUAGAAGACACCGUAGCCGAAAUGGGAGAUUAUCCGUUUAUUUUAAAACCGUUUUACGGAACACACGGCAGAGGUAUUAUGUUGUUAGAUACACCGACAUCGCUCACGUCGACAGUGGGCGCGUUGUGUGAUCUCCAUCACGAUUAUGUGAUUCAGUCUUUCGUUACGGAAGCAGACGGGGUUGACAUCCGUGUCCUCGUCGUAGGCGAUGAAGCAGUCGCGGCGAUGAAAAGAAGCGCGCCGCCGGGCGAAUUCCGUGCGAAUAUUCACAAAGGCGCGUCAGGAAAAGCCUUCAUGCUACCGGAUGAAAUACAACCGCCUCGCUAUAAAAGCCGCAGCUGCGCUUGA